CAGCAUGUCAGUUGGGCAUGGAGUCGAGUGACUGACUGCGGCUUGCUGACCAAACGGUAUUUUCAUUGAAGUGUUGAUAUCGAAGGAGGAGGCAUGGAACAUCCAGCUUGUAUUGUGGAGGAAUUGAAGCAGUUUGUCGUAAACGACGCCCCGCCAACAGUGUAUUACAUCCCAGAUUUCAUAUCGGAGGACGAGGAGUCUUAUCUUCAACAGCAGGUGUACAAUUCCCCCAGAACUAAAUGGACUCAGCUGUCGGGCAGAAGGCUUCAGAACUGGGGAGGGUUGCCACACCCCAGGGGCAUGCUGGCAGAAAAGAUGCCCGACUGGCUCCGGACGUACUGCGAGAAGAUUUCCUCUCUCGGUGCGUUUGGUGGUAAAACCGCCAAUCACGUGUUGGUGAAUGAGUAUAAAGAAGGGGAAGGGAUCAUGCCUCACGAAGACGGCCCUCUGUACCACCCCACCGUCACCACCGUCAGCCUGGGCUCUCACACCCUCCUGGACUUCUACACGCCGGUCGACAUCCGGGAGGGCGCCGCGCCCCAGACGGAGGAGAACCGCUUCGUCUUGUCCCUGCUGGUCAGGCCUCGAAGUCUCCUGAUCCUCCAGGAGGAAAUGUACCGCCGUCUCCUCCACGGCAUCCGGCCCCGCGGCCACGACGAGCUGACGGACGCCGUGGCCAACCUGUCCGCGGCCGGGGCCGCGCCGGGAGAGACGCUGGCCCGAGGCACCAGAGUGUCGCUGACCGUACGCCACGUGCCCAAAGUCAUGAAGACGACGCUUGUACUGGGGAGGAAGUGAGGAGACGGUUUGUCAUGGUGCCACGCGUUUCUCCUCCAGGCGGCUUUGUGAAGCGAUAGUUCAGCCGUAAUCACUUCCAAGUGACUUUUUGGUGGUUUUAUUCUCAAAACAGAUUUUAUGGGAUCUAUGUAGCAAACGUCUCCGGGAGAAGAAUGGGUUUCUUUAAAAAUUUAUGUUUGUAAUUGAUGAGUGACUGUAAUCAUUAUUGAAUUGUUAAAAAUGUAAUCAGUUUGUGUUUCAUUAAAUACAUAAAUUGGCUCUAAAAUCA